AUUAAGCCAGAUUACUGACAGUGAAUUCACGGGGAGAUUAAGGGUGGUGAGAGAAUGUCUAAUUUCGUAAUGCUUUAAUGCUUAUAUGUGUUCUUGCAGACAGUCCUUGUGUGCGUCACACUGCUGCUGAUGGCAUUCGACUUGUGCUACAGUGACUGCAAGUUUGUGAUGAAGACUGAGAGUGAGUGUUUGGAAAACGGGAUUCCGCACAGCGUUGGCUCGAUGUGGAAGGGUGAAGAUUGCUACUCCUGUUACUGUGGCAAAGUCACCGCUAUCUGCUGUACAGAAUAUGUCCAAACUCCUGACAUCCCAAACAACUGUGAAGCAAUCUUCGACAAGAGACUUUGCAGAUACAGGAUCUACAGCAAAGACAACCCUGACAUUCUGUGUGAAUAGAGAUUUGGAACACAGCAGCGAGAUUCUAUGAAACAGCUUUGAUCCUUAUCCCCCGAGCCAUCUACCAUCGCUUGGACUCACCCGAAUGCCCAGUAAUUCAUUCAGUAGACCUUCAGAACAAUUAGCUGUUUAAAUGUCAUUGUUGUAAACUCAUUCAUUAACUGUCAAAAUGUUUAAGUAAUGAAAUAAAUUCUGUUUGACCAGCUUCUGUUUGGAACAUU